UCUCAUUCGAAUUGAUAUCCCAAGUAUAUCGAAAAAAUAAGGAAAAAGCAUUUUCCUCUUCGCUAAACAAGAACCAUUCUGUUCGUUAGAAUGUGUCUGCUAAAUCCUAUUUGUAACAACGUCUUUGCUUCUAAGUUCAGAGGUCUUAUGAAACGACAGACUUGAACCCAACAUUAAUGCCAGACAACAUGAAUAGUCAAUCAACAGGAGUCAAGGAGGAAUUCACAGAAUUAGACUGGAUUACGCUGAAAAGUGACAUUGGCUCGGAACAGAAUUUACACCAGGAGACUGCUGGCGAGAAGUUUCAGAGGAAGUUCAAGGAAAAUCCUCUUGUUCCCAUAGGAUGUGGACUGACUGCUGGUGCCCUCUGCUAUGGACUCAUGAGUUUCAGUCGUGGCAAUCGGAGAACGUCACAAAAUAUGAUGAGGUUGCGUAUAGCAGCUCAGGGCUUCACAAUAGCUGCUUUGAUGAUUGGCAUUGUGAAGACAUCCCUUAAGUGAACAUUGUCUUCAAGGGGGACAUUAGGAUUUUCUUUUUCUUUUCUUUUUUAUUCAUUGAUUUUAUUUAUUAUUGUUUUUUUUUUUGUUUUUUCUUAAUUUGAAGAUGGGGGAAGUAUAACUGAACCUGUCUUUGUGAACCUGUCUUUCUUUGACAUUUCUUCACAAUAUGAAGUCUAUUUAAAGAAUUAUAUGUAAAUAUGCUUUGGAAAGAUAGAAUAUUAUUCUAUUUCAUUUUUGUAAAAUUAUUUAGAUUAUAGAAUAAUUAAAUACAAAGAAA